AUGGAGACGACUGAAGGCGCUGAACUCUGCUUUCCACUACUCUACAACAGUUCCUGCAGGAAACCUCCGUCUGAUGGCAUGCUUGUUAACGUUCUGCUGUAUUUCAUCUCUCUGCUCACUGCAGCUCUCAACCUGCUGGUCAUCAUCUCUAUCUCCCACUUCAGGCAGCUCCACAGCCCCACCAACCUCCUCAUCCUCUCCCUGGCUGUCUCAGAUUUCGUCGUGGGCCUUCUGCUGAUGCCGGUUGAAAGCUCUUUAAAAGAGGCUUGCUGGUUCCUUGGUGACCUCAUGUGUGCUCUCUAUCGUGUUCUUGAUUAUAUCAUUACUGUUUCUUCGGCUAGAAAUAUGGUGCUCAUAUCGGUUGAUCGUUAUUUGGCAAUUUGUGACCCUCUACGUUAUAACACCAGAGUUACUCUGGACAGAACGAAGAUCUGUGUUUGUCUCUUUUGGUUUUCCUCUGUUCUCUACAGUAUUCUCAUUUUGAUGGACUCUCUGAGACACCCUGAGUCACAGAAUUCCUGCUACGGAGAAUGUGUACUUGUUUUUAACUGGAUAACAGGAUCUGUUGACCUUGUCCUCACCAUUAUCGCCCCCAUUACUGUAAUCAUAGUUCUGUAUAUGAGAAUAUUUGUGGUGGCUGUGUCUCAAGCUCAAGCCAUGCGGACCCACAUUGUAUCGGUCACACAACGGCGUCCAGUGGGUGUAACUGCUAAGAAAUCCGAGCUGAAAGCAGCCAGGACUCUUGGUGUUGUUGUGAUUGUGUUCCUGAUCUGCCUUUCUCCAUUAUACUUUUCUGCUGCUCUAGACCAGAGCAGAUCUUUAACCUUUGAAACCUGGCUGUUCUAUUUUAACUCUUGUCUAAACCCACUUAUUUAUGCCUUUUUUUACCCCUGGUUUAGAAAAUCUAUGAAACUCAUUAUAACUUUUAAGAUACUUCAGACUCACUCCUGUAAUAUGAAAAUACUUUAG